UGUGCGCGGAUGUCCAGUACUUGAUCUAAAACUGAUUUUUCAUAUUGAAGUGCUGUUUUUAUUAUUUCUGAAGAUCAAGAAAAAUUCAAGAAAAUGAGUUACGGCAGACCACCGCCGCGUAUUGAUGGGAUGGUUUCCCUAAAAGUGGAUAAUCUCACGUAUAGAACGACGCCGGAGGAUUUGAGACGCGUGUUCGAAAGAUGUGGUGAGGUCGGCGACAUUUACAUCCCUAGAGAUCGCUUUACUCGAGAAAGCCGUGGAUUUGCAUUCGUCAGAUUUUAUGAUAAACGCGAUGCAGAAGAUGCAUUAGAUGCUAUGGAUGGAAGGCUGUUAGAUGGUAGGGAACUUAGAGUUCAAAUGGCACGAUAUGGACGACCAACUUCACCACACCGAAGUCGUGGUAGUCGUCGACGAGGAAGAUCACGUAGCAGGAGCAGAGAUCGAAGACGCUCACGUUCUAGAUCACGUAGUAGAUCAAGAAGUCGUGAUAGAGAUCGUAGGCGUUCAUAUAGUCGCAGUCGUAGCCGCUCGCGUUCUGACAGUAAAAGCUCGCGUGGAAAGUCUCGUUCUCGUAGCAAGUCUCCAGAUAGACAAAAAGAUAGUCGUUCCAAAUCAAGGGACUGAAGUUGAACCAUAUACAAGUACAACUACGAACAGAUGCACGCGCCGCAAGUGCAGAAUAAUCGUUUCUUGAGAACAAAAAAGGUAUUCUAUUACCCUCUAUAUCUAGAGCAACACUGUCGCACGUUCACAUUUUUUCUGUCACUUACAUAUUAAUUAUGACAACGCACUUCUUGGGUGAAAAAGAUAAAACCCAAAAACUAAUUUUAAUGUAAUGUAUCUAGACUAUUAGUUUAUUGGACUCGCGAAGAUUUUCAUUUGCAAGUUUUCAUAAUUAUUCUUACUCUGUUAAGUGAUAUAUUGUCUCAAGCAGUGCUUAUUCCUGAUCAGAAGAAAGUAAAUGUGUUUUUCUGUUUUCGCGUGUAUGGACGUUGUUAUAGCGACCGAAACAGCUUGUUUUGAUCAAUGAAUUAAAGUUUGUUAUAUGCUCUAGCACUUAUAUGAAUUUUAAAUGAUCUUUCUGAAUUCUGCUCUUAAAGAUAAACUUGAAUUUUGGACAAAUAGAGCAGACAAUAUUCGAAUUUACACUUUAUAAAUAAAUAAAAAUAAUUGUUAUUAGUUUGAUCAUAUGAUAUUUUUAUCUUAUAUUGAAAUAUAGUGUGCACAAUUUUUAGUAUGUCUCGAUAUAAGUGGAUUAAAAACAAUAACAUUUCAUUUUUUCCCUUCCACUUCUUGAGUCAUUAUGAAUACUUUUAACUACAUAGUAUAAUUAUUAAUUAAGUAAUAAUUAGAAACCAACUGUUUCGAUAAAAUAUCAAUUGUGAAAUCGUUUUCUGUUAUUUUGAAAUUGUUUGAAUCAAGCAAGGUGGAUUAAAUUAUUCCUGGAAAUACAUGAGGGUGUUAAUAUGGUAAUUAGCAGGUAAUGUAAACUGUAUGUGGUCGACUUGAGUCCGACUUCUGUAUAAAUUUUAAGCUAAUAUCUUUAAAAGAAUUUUGAGUUCUUAGUUUUCUAUUAUUUAUGAUUACCUAACUCUCGAUUGAUAAAUUAAUAUUACGACAUAAUUAAUCUAAAAAAAGAGAGAGAGAGAGAGAGAAACAAGAAAAAUUAAAAUCGCGAUAUAUAUAUAUAUAUAUACAUAUAUAGAUUGUAGACAUAAGUUCUGCGUUUCUGUAACAGUAUACAGAUUUAUUUAUGUAAGUUUGCCAUUUAUAAUAAAGUGUAAUAAAAUGCA